GCUAUCAUUAAAGACAGAUCAUACCACCUUAUAAUAGAGAACGUCCCAAUCUCCUUCGACCCUGACUCAAAGGCAACCAUAGCGGAAAUAGAAGUCAAGGGUGGAUUACAAAUGAACUCGAUCUCAAAGAUACGAUACAUCAAACCAGUAGCAAGAAGGAGCCCAACCCAAAGAUCAGCACACGUCGCGCUCACUCUCAACUCCAAAACAGCCACCAAUCAGAUCAUCAGAUUCGGAUUAUCCAUUGAGGGAAAGAAAGUAUACGGUAGGAAAUUGCUAACAGAACCCACAAGAUGUCUAAAGUGUCAUACCUUCAACAGAGGCCACAUUGCCAUGGACUGCCCCAAAGACAAUGACACAUGUGGAACAUGCGGAGCGGAACAUCACACGACAACCUGCAAGGUCGACGACCCAGCAUUUUACCACUGCAUCAACUGCAAAGAGGAUGGACACGGAUCAUGGAGCAGAGAAUGUCCAGUCUUUAUUGGAAAAUGGAACGCACAAAAAGCAAGAAACGACGAAGCCCGGUGUAGGUGA